AUGGGACAAGGUACUUCUACCCCUCUCUCUCUCACUCUAGAUCACUGGAAAGAUGUAAAGACCAGGGCUCAUAACCAAUCCGUGGAAAUCAAAAAAGGAAAAUGGCAGACUCUCUGCUCUUCCGAAUGGCCUACAUUCGGCAUAGGGUGGCCGCCAGAAGGAACCUUUAAUCUCUCUGUCCUUUUUGCAGUUAAAAAGAUUGUCUUCCAGGAAACCGGAGGACAUCCAGACCAAGUCCCAUACAUUGUGGUGUGGCUGGACCUCGCCCAGAGCCCUCCUCCGUGGGUGCCACCCUCCGUCAAGGUCGCUGUUGCCUCUGGCCCAGAAAAUUCUCGAGGACCACUUACAAGGAGGCCCUCCGCUCCUCCCCCAAUCCCCAUUUAUCCCGCAACAGACGAUUUACUCCUUAUGUCUGAACCCCCGCCUUACCCGGCAGCACUGCCACCUCCCUUGGCCCCCCAAGCGGUCGGACCGGCGCCGAGCCAGGCGCCCGAUACUUCUGACCUUGGGGGACUAGCCGCCAGGACCAGGAGCCGUCGCGUCCGUAGCCCGGCGGACGACUCGGGUCCUGACUCCACUGUGGUUUUGCCCCUCCGAGCCGUGGGACCCCCGGCCGAGCCCAACGGCCUGGUCCCUCUACAAUAUUGGCCUUUCUCCUCAGCAGACCUCUAUAAUUGGAAGUCUAACCAUCCUUCUUUCUCUGAGAACCCAGCAGGACUCACAGGGCUCCUUGAAUCUCUUAUGUUUUCCCAUCAGCCAACUUGGGACGACUGUCAACAACUUUUACAGAUUCUAUUCACCACUGAGGAGCGAGAAAGGAUCCUCCUGGAGGCUCGCAAGAACGUCCUCGGGGACAACGGGGCCCCUACUCAGCUCGAGAACCUCAUUAAUGAGGCUUUUCCCCUUAAUCGGCCCCAGUGGGAUUACAACACGGCCGCAGGUAGGGAGCGUCUCCUGGUCUACCGCCGGACUCUAGUGGCAGGUCUCAAAGGGGCAGCCCGGCGCCCCACUAAUUUGGCCAAGGUAAGAGAGGUCUUGCAGGGACCGGCUGAACCCCCUUCGGUUUUUUUAGAACGUCUAACCGAGGCCUAUAGGAGAUAUACUCCGUUUGACCCCUCUUCUGAGGGGCAGCAGGCUGCAGUUGCCAUGGCCUUCAUCGGGCAGUCAGCCCCAGAUAUUAAAAGGAAGUUACAGAGGCUAGAAGGGCUCCAAGACUAUUCCUUACAAGAUUUAGUAAGGGAGGCAGAAAAAGUGUAUCAUAAGAGAGAGACAGAAGAAGAGAGACAAGACAGAGAAAAAAAGGAGGCAGAAGAAAGGGAAAGACGACGCGAUAAGCGCCAAGAGAAAAAUUUAACUAGGAUUCUGGCCGCAGUAGUAGGUGAAAGAGAGUCUAGAGACAGGAAGGCAGAAAACCUGAGCAACCGGGCGAGGCAGACACCUAGGGAAAGAAGACCCCCCCUGGACAGAGACCAGUGCGCAUACUGUAAAGAAAAGGGGCAUUGGGCAAGAGAAUGUCCCCAAAAGAAAAACAUCCGGAAAGCCAAAGUUCUGUCCCUAGAUGACUAGGGGAGUCGGGGUUCGGAUCCCCUCCCCGAACCUAGGGUAAUGCUGACUGUGGAGGGGACCCCCAUCGAGUUCCUAGUCGACACUGGGGCUGAGCACUCGGUAUUGACCCAGCCUCUGGGUAAAGUAGGGUCCAGACGGACAGUUGUGGAAGGGGCAACAGGCAGUAAAAUCUACCCCUGGACCACAAAGAGACUUUUAAAGAUUGGACAUAAACAAGUGACCCACUCCUUCCUGGUCAUACCCGAGUGCCCUGCUCCUCUGUUAGGCAGGGACCUCCUAACCAAACUAAAAGCCCAGAUCCAGUUCUCGGCUGAGGGUCCACAAGUAACGUGGGAUGAUCGCCCUACUAUGUGCCUGGUCCUAAGCUUAGAAGAAGAAUACCGGCUACAUGAAAGACCAGUUCCCUCCUCUAUUGAUCCGUCCUGGCUCCAGCUUUUUCCCUCUGUAUGGGCCGAGAAAGCAGGCAUGGGACUGGCCAAACAAGUCCCACCAGUAAUAGUAGAACUAAAAUCAGGUGCCUCACCGGUGACUGUUCGUCAAUACCCAAUGAGCAAGGAGGCCCAAGAAGGCAUCAGGCCUCACAUCCAAAGAUUCUUAAACCUAGGAGUCCUGGUGCCCUGUCAGUCGCCCUGGAAUACCCCUCUGUUGCCUGUAAAAAAGUCAGGGACCAAUGACUAUCGGCCAGUCCAAGACCUGAGGGAAAUUAAUAAGAGGGUGCAGGAUAUACAUCCUACCGUCCCAAAUCCUUACAGCCUCCUGAGCUCCCUCCCGCCUAGCCACACCUGGUAUUCAGUCCUGGAUCUUAAGGACGCCUUCUUCUGCCUCAGGCUACAUCCCAACAGCCAGCCGUUGUUCGCGUUUGAGUGGAGGGACCCAGAAAAAGGCACCACAGGUCAGCUGACCUGGACCCGGCUGCCACAGGGGUUUAAGAACUCUCCCACCAUCUUCGACGAAGCCCUCCACCGGGAUUUGGCUCCCUUUAGGGCCCUCAACUCCCAGGUAAUAUUACUCCAAUAUGUGGACGACCUCCUGGUGGCGGCCCCCACAUACAAGGACUGCAAAGAAGGGACACAAAAACUCCUACAAGAGUUAAGUAGGUUGGGAUAUCGGGUAUCAGCUAAAAAGGCCCAGCUCUGCCAGAGAGAGGUCACCUAUCUGGGGUAUCUGCUCAAAGAGGGAAAAAGGUGGCUGACCCCGGCUCGAAAGGCUACUGUUAUGAAAAUUCCUACCCCCACGACCCCUAGACAGGUUCGUGAGUUCUUGGGUACUGCUGGAUUCUGCAGGCUUUGGAUCCCUGGGUUCGCCACCCUAGCUGCACCCUUGUACCCCUUGACAAAAGAGGGCAACUCUUUUAUUUGGACUGAGGAACAUCAGAGGGCUCUUGAUUACAUAAAAAAAGCCUUGCUGUCAGCCCCUGCUCUGGCCCUCCCGGAUCUCACCAAACCAUUCACUCUAUAUGUAGAUGAAAGAGCCGGCGUAGCCCGGGGAGUGCUCACUCAGGCUCUAGGGCCCUGGCGGCGGCCGGUAGCCUAUCUAUCAAAAAAACUAGAUCCGGUGGCCAGCGGGUGGCCAACCUGCCUGAAAGCGGUUGCAGCCGUUGCGCUCCUUCUCAAAGACGCUGAUAAACUGACUCUGGGGCAAAACGUGACUGUGAUUGCUUCCCAUAGCCUCGAAAGCAUCGUGCGGCAGCCCCCCGACCGAUGGAUGACCAACGCUAGGAUGACUCAUUACCAGAGCUUACUACUGAAUGAAAAGGUAACAUUCGCUCCCCCUGCCAUCCUAAACCCAGCUACUCUACUACCAGCCGAACCGGAAGCCACCCCAGUGCACAGGUGUUCCGAGAUCCUCGCCGAAGAAACUGGGACUCGCCAGGACCUCAAGGAUCAGCCAUUGCCUGGGGUGCCAACCUGGUAUACGGACGGUAGUAGUUUUAUUGUGGAAGGUAGACGGCGGGCAGGGGCCGCCAUCGUAGAUGGCCAGCGGACGGUGUGGGCGAGCAGCUUGCCGGAAGGUACGUCAGCUCAAAGGGCCGAACUGGUGGCUUUGACCCAGGCGUUGCGCCUGGCUGAAGGAAAAAACAUCAACAUCUAUACAGACAGCAGGUACGCUUUCGCCACUGCUCAUGUUCAUGGGGCAAUAUAUAAACAAAGGGGGCUGCUCACUUCGGCUGGAAAAGACAUUAAAAACAAAGAAGAAAUUUUGGCCCUGCUAGAGGCCAUCCACCUCCCCAAACAGGUCGCUAUUAUCCACUGCCCCGGCCACCAGAAGGGAAGCGACCCUGUAGCCACCGGAAACCGGAGGGCCGAUGAGGCUGCAAAACAAGCCGCCCUGUCGACCAGAGUGCUGGCAGAAACUACCAAACCUCAAGAGCCAAUCGAACCCGCCCAGACAAAGGCCAAGCUAGGAGAACUCACCCCUGACCAAGGAAAAGAAUUCAUUCAACGGCUACACCGGCUGACGCACUUGGGACCAGCAAAACUUCUCCAAUUGAUAAAUCGCACCAGCCUCCUCAUCCCAAACCUCUCGUCUGCAGUUCGCGAAGUCGCCAGUCAGUGUCAAGCUUGUGCCAUGACUAAUGCGGUCGCAACCUACCGAGAGACCGGAAAAAGACAACGAGGAGAUCGACCCGGCGUAUACUGGGGAGUAGACUUCACAGAGAUAAAGCCUGGUCGGUAUGGAAACAGGUAUCUGCUGGUAUUUAUAGAUACUUUCUCUGGAUGGGUAGAAGCUUUUCCUACCAAGACUGAAACGGCCCUGACCGUCUGCAAAAAGAUAUUAGAAGAAAUCCUACCCCGCUUCGGGAUCCCUAAGGUACUCGGGUCAGAUAACGGCCCAGCCUUUGUUGCUCAGGUAAGUCAGGGACUGGCCACUCAACUGGGGAUACAAUGGAAAUUACAUUGUGCGUAUAGACCCCAGAGCUCAGGACAGGUAGAAAGAAUGAACAGGACAAUCAAAGAGACCUUGACUAAAUUAGCCUUAGAGACCGGUGGAAAAGAUUGGGUGGCUCUCCUUCCUUUAGCGCUGCUCAGAGCCAGGAACACCCCUGGCCGGUUUGGUCUAACUCCCUAUGAAAUUCUCUAUGGGGGACCGCCCCCUAUACUUGGGUUUGGAGAGACGUUGGGUCCUGAUGAUAAUUUCUUUCCUGUCUUAUUCACUCAUUUAAAGGCUUUAGAAGUUGUAAAAACCCAGAUCUGGGACCAGAUCAAGGAGGUAUACGAGCCAGGCGCCGUGGCCAUCCCUCAUCCGUUCCAGGUCGGAGACCAAGUGCUUGUUAGGCGCCAUCGGACCGGCAGCCUUGAGCCUCGGUGGAAAGGCCCGUACCUGGUGCUGCUGACCACACCAACAGCGGUAAAAGUGGACGGUAUUGCGGCCUGGGUCCAUGCUUCUCACCUCAAGCCUGCGCCACCCUCCAUACCAGAUGAAUCCUGGGAGCUGGAAAGGACUGAUAAUCCUCUUAAGCUG